UGUAAAAGUUUGCUUGUUUUGCUUUGCCUUCUGGAAGAAAAACAGCCGCAACAUGUCCAACUUUAUUAUAAAUGGUCUAUUGCAGUCGCGCAACCCGCUGCUCACAUUUCGUCGGUUCCGCGGAAAGAUCAACAUCCAACGUCCGCGGCCACCGCAUUACGAAAGAGCUCGUGUGCUCGAAAUUAUAAAACCUUACUACAAAAAACCCGAAUUCGAUGCGCCCUGUAUUGAUGCGGAACGAAUGCAGCAAAGUAAAACGGUGAACAACCCGUACGAAACAAUCAUUGCUCGGGAGGCCCGCAAUUGGUUCGAACACAGCAAACUCGUAGCUCUGCUGCACGUGAAUUCGAUAAGACAGGAGGAUAUGUUUAAGGUGCAAGUAGCACUUCAUCGACACAAUAUCUCGGUUAAGGUGUACGGUAAAUCGAUCAUGCGUAAAGCAGUCGCAGAUACAAAAUUCGAAGCAAUAAUGCCAUUGUUUGAAGCAAAAACAGCUAUCAUAUUUAGCCCGGAGGGACAAAAGAUUAAGCAUGUACUAAACGUGUUAAAGAAAACACCCCAACUCGUCCUGAUGGGUGGCAUUGUGGAGGGUAAAUUGUUGAGUAGGAACGAAUUUAUGGCUUACGCUACAAUGCCCGAUCUUACUACGGUUCGGGCACAGUUUGCUGCGGUAUUGGACAAUGUUGGUGGUAAGAUCGUGGCAGAUUUGCAGUGUCACCAAAGCCAGCUAGUAAACCUGCUGGAUGCGUACGCAAAAAACAAUUCCCAAACCGAUGAAACCAGUUCUGUUAGUGGUGCUGAUAAAAAAGAGGACAGUUGAGUAGUGGAGCAUUUAGUUGGAAUAAGUAAAUAGUAGAGCAAAAAGAACCAGUUAAAUAAUAUAAUGUGUUAGUAUUAUUACGGA